UCCCCCGUUGUCCUUGCCCUGCGGGUUGUCGUAAUCAAAGACUUGAUGGUGCGAUAACGACUGCAACAAGACAUCAUGGGCCGCUACGACUUCCGCCCACUCCGCGUGCGCCAGACGGCGAAAGCACUCUUCGACUCGAAACGCAACCCCAACCUGCCCCAGUGGUAUGAGGUAGUCGGCAAUAUCCCGCCGGGCGAGACGCUCGCACGUCCAAUUCUCCGCGCACCAAAAGUCCGACACGCACGGAAAGCUAGCAAGCUGUUCAAACCACUCCCCAUCACAUAUGCCGAAGACAAGCUGCGGUCAGACUUCUUUGGCGACCACCCGUGGGAGCUGGCGAGGCCGAGGUUGAUAGUGGAAGAUAGCGGGAACGACGCAAAGAAAUACGAUUGGAGCAAGAUUGUGCAGCCAGGGAAGCAAUUAGAUGGAGAGAGUGUCGUCCAACGCCAAAUGUGGCUCAUGAAGCACAGAAACCUCUCAAAAGCCUCUGCCUACGACGCUGCACGACAAGAGUUCUACGCCCACCGACAUCGAAAUGAAAUCCGGGCGCGCAUCGCCAAGGAAGAGGCGCAAUAUGUAGGCGCAUACUUCGGCAAGGGCCCGCUGGAGAUUGGUAUGGAACUCGAAGACAAGAGCUGGGAGGCUUGGAAGCGAUGGGCGAACGUGCAGAUCGAAGAUGAGCAGGCAAUGCGUGCACAGAUGUUCAGCGGUCAGUCGGACGAGGCUCCUGAGGGCGAGGGUAGUGACAUGAGUGCCGGAGAGUACGACAUGGCAGUGGAAGAGCUGGCUGGACAAGGCAGUAUACCGAACACCCCACAGUCAACGGUCGUGCCAGAAGGGACAUCGGCGCCGGCGCAUGCCUGAGCAUGCUCUAUAAGUACUGAUUACUGUACGAUUUAUGUAGAUAUUUCAUGUUCAAC